CUGCGGCUGUCAUGGCGUGCUCUUGGAGCCGGCCCUGAUCUGGUAUUCCUCGUCGCCGAUCGCGAUCACGGUCACCACGAAGCCCAAGCUGACUUCUCCCUCUCCCGAGUACAUCAUUGAAAGCAGCCCAGACGCAAACGAACGCUACUUUUCACUGUCGAAUGGGCUGAGACUCCUGCAGCAGUAACGAUGACCAUAUUAGCGAAGGCGGCCGAGUCCGGAGAAGUUCUAACCCCAGGAGUAGACGGGGCCGGGGGCGGCGGAGAAAGAAAGAGCCAUGAAGAUCCCAGACAGGCCUUCUUCCGAGGCACUCUUUUCCAGAUCCUCGUCGUAGGGCUCUGCGCCUUCUGCGCUCCGGGGAUUUGGAGCGCAAUGAACGGACUGGGUGUUGGAGGCAGCCAGUCCCCGGAUCUGGUCAACGCAGCCAAUGCCCUUCUCUACGCCUUCAUGACAGUCACUUGCUUUGCAGGUCCAUGGGUAACCAACGCCAUUGGAUUCCGAUAUACGCUCAGCCUGGGUUCCAUCGGUUACCCGCUUUAUGCGGCCGGACUGUACCUCAACAACCGCACAGGAGCCACCUGGCUGGUGUACGUGGGUUCUGUGACUUGCGGGAUCAGUGCCGGAUUCUUUUGGAGUGUCGAGGGCGCCAUCGCCACAGGAUACCCGGAGCAGCACAAGCGUGGCCGGUAUAUCGCUACUUGGUUCACAUUCCGCAACUUUGGCAACAUCAUUGGUGGCGCGAUCUCGCUAGGCAUCAACCAUGCCAUGGACAAGCCCGGUAAAGUCGGAUACCAGACGUAUCAAGGCUUUAUUGCCAUCCAAUGCCUGGGCUUGUUAUGCGGGUUGCUUUUGUCGAACCCUGACAAGGUGCAGCGCGAUGACGGCACCCGUAUCGAGAUCGCACGCGGUGCCAUCCACUGGCGCACUGAGUUAAAGGCCAUGUCCGCUCACAUGCGGAGCAAAUCAAUCCUGCUGCUGACGCCGCUCUUUUGGUACUUUGGUUGGAUACAGGCGUAUCCCGGGACCUACUUGGCGACAUACUUUACCGUCCGGUCGCGUGCGUUAGGAAGCUUCAUGUCGGCUGUUGUCGGAACGUUGGCCACCUGGCUGGGAGGGUCACUGGUGGACAUUCGCUGGACGAGAAACAGAAAGUCCCGCGCAUUAACCACCUGGUCCUUGAUUGCCCUGCUCAAUAGCGCAACCUGGAUCUGGGCGGUCAUAAUACAGGAUGAGUACAGACACACUCACCCAAUUCUGGACUGGAGCGAUCAAAGCACGUUCGGACGUGGCUUCGGGCUAUAUCUUUUCGAGCGGAUUAGCUUGGGUAUGGUGGAGAAUUACAUUUACUGGUGUAUUGGCAACCUGUCGGACUCCCCAGGCGAGCAGAUUCGAUAUAGCUCCUUGCUGCGCGGCAUCGAGACGGCAGGCGUGGCCGUCGGGUUUGGGGUCCAGGCUGUUCCUACAGCGCUGAUUGUAACGGCAAGCAUCAAUUUCGGGCUAUGGUUCUUUGCCCUGCCUUUUAGCUUAUGGGCCACGCUGCAGGUGGUACGGAAGUGGGAUCAGGAACAGCACCCGACCGAGCGAAAGUAGCGGAGUCACCCACUAGUGGCCGCAAUUCCAUGAGCACUUCGAGACGCCGAACCGGGCCCCGGUCACAAAGUAGAGCAGGGCAGCAAUAUAUCUCCAGCCCGGUGGCAGUCGAAGGGCGGGGUGGCUCAUCGAGCUGCCGGGUUGCGGUACUGAUCAACGUCUGCGAGGGCAAUUGACGGCAUCACCAGUUGUUCGGCUGUGGCAUCAAUCGAGGGCAUCGUGGGUUCCAGGCUUUAUUAGCUGCGCGCCAC